CCCCACCUUCAGCCGUUGUUAUUAGCGGGGCACCAACAUAUUCCUUGAAGGAUUCAGGCUCGUUUAAGCUGCUCACUGGAGCUGAGUCCUACCCGCCUAUCACCCACACACCUUCAGUCCUAAAUUACCCAGAUCCAGACUUGUCAAGAUGGCCAGUCGCGGUGGCCAACAACAAGGAGAGGCAGUCGACCUCGGCACCCUCAGCGCCCAACAGCUGACGGCCGUCAAGAAGCAGCUCGACGGCGAGGUCGAGCACCUCUCGAGCUCCUAUGCCCAGCUUGCCGCUGCCCAAGCCAAGUUCAAGGAGUGCCUGCGGGUAGUCAAGUCGGGAUCAUCAUCAUUCGACAAAGAGAAGUCCGUCCUCGUCCCGCUCACCAACUCCCUCUACGUCAAAGGCAACCUCGCGGACCCGGACCGGGUGCUCGUCGACGUCGGGACAGGUUUCUACGUGGAAAAGACGACGGAAUCCGCCUCCGAGUUCUACGACGCCAAGGUCAAGGAACUGACCGGCAACAUCCAAGGGCUGGAGGGCAUCGUGCAGGCCAAGACCAACAACUUGCGCGUUGUCGAAGAAGUCCUACGGCAAAAGGUUCUAGCACAAGGAGGACCAGGUGCGGCAGGGCAAGCAUCGUCAUGACACGGUCGGCCAUAGGAUAAACUGUGAGGGCUCGUGUAGAUCACGAUCUAAGUAGCAAUAGAUGCCGUCUGGCCAAGAGAACGCUCCCAAAUACGACACCUUGUCAUAUCACAA